ACGGGCUGCAGCCCGUUAACGGGUCACGGGCUUAGCGGGUUCGGUGCACCGUUAACCAGAACAUGAACGUCCACAACCCGCCCAAUAGCGAACAGUAGCGGGCUGAAGCGGGUUGAAGCGGGCUGGAAACGGGUCAGACCGGCCCGAUUACACAGGCUUAGUAUAAAUGGAACUCAAUGUCUUUUUAUACUCAGGUAUGGUUGACAGUUUGAUUAUCAAGACACUAGCUUGGGAAGAUGAGAAACAGAAGUUGUUUCUGUACGAUGGGGUGAGAUUGGUGUCAAUAUUGGAGGAUUACAAAGUUAGUCGACAUCAGAAAGAAGAGGAGAAGAAACGGGCCCGGGAUCAAAAGAAACUCCAAGAUAUGCUGCUGGCAGAGAAGGAAUCUAUAUAUGGUUCUAGACCUAGUCCGAGAAGAAGCAGCAGCUUUAGGAAAACGAAUGGAUACCAUGCAAAUGGAAAUGGGUCAGUCACCCCCUCACCACGCCGGAACUCAGUUGGUUGUGCAACUCCAGAGCUUUCAACACCCCGUUCCUACUCUGGGCGGCAGAAUACCUAUUUCAAGGAAAUGCGAAGACUAUCUACUGCCCCCCUCAACUUUGUGGCCAUAGCAAAGGAAGAUACCAUGUCAUUUUCUUCCAUUGGCGGUUCUGAGCCAGAGUCCCCGCCUCAAGGCUGAAUUCACAACUUGAGUAGGGAGAUGAUCGCGUAAUCUUCCUAAUUCCAAGGCAACAUAACAGAAGAAGGAUAUACCUUAGAACAUGUGAAUACUGAAGGGAUUGUACACUACUGUAAUGCUGUAAAGUGUUGGGCAGUUCUGGCACUUGGUAACUUUUUUUGUUAGUGACUUUGCUGGUUACUAUAUAGAUUGUUGUGGAUAUAUUAGUGAUAUGGAAGUUCUCUGUUUGAAUAGAAGCUCACUGACCAAUAUGUACCUUGAAUAUUUUCUCUUUGUUAGUCAUUUGCAUGUACAUAUAGUGGAAUGUGAUUGCUAUGAUUUGAUUAGGAACUCUUCUUAUUUUUUGGAUUGUGUAAUUUAGGACCUCUUAAAUUUCUAGCUGCCAAUAAAGCUUGUACCAUUAAAAUGUUCA